AUGGCAACAAGUGCGACCAUGGGGGUGAUGAACCCGCUCCUCGGCAAGCUCGCCAACCUGCUCGGUGAAGAGUACAUGAUGCUCACCGGUGUGAGGAAGCAAGCCUCCUUCCUCAAGGACGAGCUCAGCAUAAUGAAAGCUCUUCUUGACAAGAUGGAGCUCAUGGAUGAGCUCGAUCCCUCAGCCAAGAAUUGGAGGGACCACAUCCGGGAGAUGUCCUAUGAUAUGGAGAAUUGCAUCGACGACUUCAUUCAUGACAUCGAAGGUGCCUCUGCAAAGAAAGGCUUCGUCAGGAAGAUGGCUCAGCGCCUUAGGAGGCUGGGAAGGCGUCAUCAGAUCGCCAACCGUAUCGAGGAGCUCAAGGUUCUUGCGAUGGAGGCAAGCGCUCGGCGCGAGAGGUACAAUAUUGAUGCUUGCAUCAAUUCGAGUCCUGGCCCUGUGGCUGUGGAUCCUCGGAUCCCAGCGCUCUACAAGGAGGCAGCAGGCCUUGUCGGUAUCGAUGCCCCGAGAGAAGAGCUGGUGAGUUUGCUGAUGGAUUCUGGGAAGAAACUCAAAGUGCUUUCCAUCGUGGGGUUCGGAGGCUUGGGGAAAACCACCCUUGCCAAACAAGUGUAUGAUAAGGUUGGAGGCCAGUUUGAUUGCAAGGCAUUUUUCUCGGUCUCCCAAAGGCCAGAAGUGAAAAGCCUUCUUAAUGGCCUACAACUAAAGCUUGGGAUGCGGGAUUAUUCGCAUGCUUACGAGCUGCAAGAUGUUAUCGACCGCCUUAGAGAACACCUCAAACAUAAAAGGUACUUAAUUAUACUUGAUGACUUAUGGGAUCAAUCUGCAUGGAGUACUAUUAGUUGUGCCUUUCCAGACGAUGCUAACGGAAGUAGAGUAGUGGUAACCACACGAUUGGAUGAUGUAGCUACCAUAGCAUGUUUGAGUGAUCGUACCUGCAUUUACAGUAUGAAGCCACUCAAAGAGGAAGACUCAAGAAGACUAUUUUUUAGUAGGGUAUCUUGGCCCGAAAAUGUCUGCCUACCACAGUUUAAAGAAAUUUCAGCUCAAAUCCUCAAGAAGUGUGGCGGAUUGCCACUUGCAAUUAUCACAAUAGCUAGCCUAUUAGCUAGCCAUGAAGAGAGGCCAUUGAGUGAAUGGGAGAGCAUAAAGAAUUCUCUUGGUGCCAAGUCUGCCACAAAACCUACCUUGAAAGAGAUGAGGGGUAUACUGCAUCUUCCUGUUUAUCUCCGGCCAUGUUUUUUGUACCUUGGCAUGUAUCCGGAAGACUGUCUGAUUCGGAGGGAUGACCUAGUUCGACAAUGGAUAGCCGAAGGCUUUAUUUGUAGUUCGCACGGAGCGGAUUUGGAUGAUGUUGCGAAAAGUUAUUUCAAUGAGCUUGUCAAUAGAAGUAUGAUUCAGCCCAUAGUGACAGAAGAGGGGGAGGUAUUUUCUUGCAUGGUGCACGAUAUGAUGCUUGAUUUGAUCCUAAGCAAGAGUAAAGAAGAUAAUUUUCUCAGUGUAGCAUAUAACUAUGAAGACAUCGUAAGAUCGUGCAACUCUGAGUACAAGGUUCGUCGAUUAUCCCUCCAAUCAUGUGUAGGUGGUUCAAAGUCGGAGGCCCUUGCUACUAGCAUGGCGCACGUUCGAUCAUAUGCACUGUGGCCAAAGUCCCAAUACACACCUCCCCUUUCACAGUUUAAGUAUCUACGGGUGCUUGCCUUUGAGUCCCCGCAUGGUUUGGAAACGACAGUUGACCUCACUGCAGUUGGCCAUUUGUUUUUACUGAGAUAUUUAAAUGUUUCAGCCUCAACAGCAGUCAUCGCGCUCCCGGCAGAAAUUCAAGGGCUUGUGCAUUUGCUAACCUUGGUGAUAGAUUGCAAGCGGGUGCAAAGCUUUCCUUUAGACAUAAGUUGUUUGGCCAACUUGCUUCAUCUGGUGCUUCCAUACGGUGUAGGGUUGCCUGAAGGGAUCAAGAAGAUGAAAUCAAUCCGCACCCUGAAAUGUUGGGAUAUGUCGGAGAGUUCGCUGGAAGAUAUCAAAGGCCUUGGUGAGCUGACCAAUCUGAAGAAAUUGCACUUAAGCACUUGGAGCAAGCGCUUCACCUUGGAACAAGAGGAUGCUUUGGUCUCCUCCCUCCGAACGCUCCGAGGCCUCAAGGAGAUCGGUUGGACGCAAGGAUGCAGUGCCCCUGACAACAAGAUAGUUGAACUAAUUAGAGGAGGUACUCUAUGUACUCAAAUGGAAGAUUAG